UUAUCCUCACUUUCAGUAGGGAGUUGGCACGCGAGAGAAUGUAAUAUCAAUUCACCUUGUAUGGGCAUUGUUGUCAGAUUUUGAGGACUGGACACUAAUUUACACAAUUUGCACAAGACAAAAUUGCACAAAUUUAGUUACAAUAAUAGAUGCCAGAGAAGUAUUGCAUGAAAAGGUUUGUCUAGUGUAGAGGGCAAUUUUGAAAACAGAAAAAAGAGGGAGAAGCAGGGUGUUAUGGUUUCAUGUGAUGUAAGCAUCAGCUUCAGCCUAUACUAAACAGUCGUGGCAGAAAUAUUUCCACAAUGGGUCAGCGUCUAAGCGAGGAGAGUGAUCCGGACAAGGAAAUUGAUGUGGCCGAGCUACAGGAGUGGUACAAAAAAUUUGUUGUGGAGUGCCCGAGUGGAACCCUCUUCAUGCAUGAGUUCAAGAGCUUUUUCGGAGUUACUGAUAACAAGGAGGCUGCAGAUUACAUAGAAAACAUGUUUCGAGCCUUUGACAAGAACGGAGACAACACAAUUGAUUUCCUGGAGUACGUGGCAGCCCUGAACUUAGUCUUGAGGGGCAAAUUGGAGCACAAGCUCAAAUGGACAUUCAAAAUGUAUGACAAAGACGGAAGCGGAUGCAUCGACAAAACGGAGCUUCUGGAAAUUGUUGAGUCCAUUUAUCGAUUGAAGAAAGCCUGCCACGGAGAGCUGGACGAAGAAUGCAAUCUGCUGACUCCAGACCAAGUGGUUGACCGGAUAUUUGAGCUGGUGGAUGAAAAUGGAGAUGGCGAGCUCUCACUGGAUGAGUUUAUUGACGGGGCACGGAGGGAUAAGUGGGUGAUGAAGAUGCUACAGAUGGACGUCAACCCUGGGGAUUGGAUGGGCGAACGAAGACGCAGUGGUGAUUUAUAAAGCUGGACCAUGGACUGUUGCUGUGUCACAUGCACAUCCUUUGUAUGUGACUCAUCUUGUUUUGAUUUUGUACCCCUUUCAGUGGAUACAACAAAUACAGUCAUCAUUUUUGGUACUGAAAGCGGAUUCAGAUGUAUGAUAGUCAUUAUAUGGCUAGACAGUCUAUCCAAUCAUUUUGUUUCAAGGCUCUAAUGUAUUGUAUGUACAAAUAGGCGCUGGAGCCACAGUAGUUUGGGCAUUCUUUUAUUCGGACUGCUGCUACCUAUGGCCUUUUAGCUCUGUUUGUGUUCAAUAUUUCAUAGAAGCUGCAAAAUAAAAUCCUAUGAGUAAACACCACUGAAUUAGACAUGCCUAAGUGGAAUGGAUUUACUUGGAUGCUUGGACCAUCAAUCCCAUUUGGUAAGAUUUUGUCUGGUUAGCCUUGAAUAAAAUAACAUUUAUUGAA